GUUGCGCAAUACAAAAAAAUAAGUGUUAAUUUGUUUUAUCCACAUUCAACAGCUUUUACUUGUAACACAAUGUUGCGCCUUGGUCUUUGGAGCAGGCAAUUCGCAGGUGUGGCAGCCUCUUCAAAAGCACUCACUACUAGUCCCUUGAUGGCAGGCAGCAAGGCAUGGACAGCACCCAAGGCGGCAGCAAUAUAUCUAUCGACGAAUCGCGGCUACUCGCAGUAUAACGGCCGCAGAUACAACAAUUACCAGCAGCACAAUGAUGACCCGCAUCUCAGCAGCCAGCAGUUCAGCAACCAGCAACACUAUGACCCGCAGCACAACAGCAACCAGCAGUACCAUGGUGAGCAGCAAUGGGAGUACCGACCGGACGGGCCCGAGGACAGCGGCGUGCGUCUGCUGAGGCCGACACUGUGGGCUCUGGGAUUCACAGCAGGCACGUUCUACCUGUGCUCCAGCUCGUUUGCCGACCAUCGGGAAAGACUGCGGGUGCAGUCUGGCGGCAUCCUGGCGGCCAUCGGACUGCGCACGCAGCAGUACGACGAGGAAGAGCGCGUAUGGGCGCUGAUGAGCGAUGGCCACGUGCGGCAGCUCGUGGGCAGAGCACACACGGUGAGCGGAGAGAAGCACGCACGGGCGAUCCGGCGGAUAGCACACUUGCCGGCGUGGGUGCCGCUGGAGCUCAAGCGCACGGGCGUGAUGCUGGCCGACAAAUGGUACCGGCUGAGCGCCGGCGAGCGGUGCGUGUACACGAUUGUGGGGCUGAACGCCGUGGUCUUUGGCAUGUGGCAGAUCCCGCGGCUGCUGCCAUUCAUGGCGCGCAAUUUCCUGCAUGAUCCGCGGUCUGGGCGCUCGUUCACUUUGCUGACCAGUACGUUCAGCCACCGCGAGCUGUUCCACUUCGCCUUCAACACCAUUGCCCUGGUGUCGUUUGGCACGUCGGUGGCCGACAUCAUGGGCGUCGAGCACUUCACAGCGUUUUAUCUGUCGGCCGGCGUCGUGUCCAGCCUGGCCAGCCAUCUGCUGAUGCCCCUGCGCCCGGCGCUGAUGCUGCCGUCGCUCGGCGCCAGCGGCGCAGUCUACAGCGUGGUGGGGGCCACGAUGAUGAUGUUUCCGCAUGCCAAGAUUGCACUGAUCUUCCUGCCAUUCCUGCCCUUCACCAUUUCGCAGGCGUUCCCAGCGUUGCUGGCGUACGAUCUAGCGGGCGCCGUGCUCGGCUGGCGGUCGUUUAAUCACGUGGCUCAUUUGGCUGGCGGGCUGUAUGGCAUAGCGUACAUGGAGUGGGGUGCCAAGCAGUGGGCGCGACUGACGCUAUACAUCGAGGAGCGCCGCGCACGCAAGGCACUUAAGGACAACUAGAUGUUUUUGAUUCGAUAUUUUU